GAAAACAUCUAGUCCAACAGGUGAAAACAGGUCAGAAGGUCAGACCCUGCCCUGCAUGUUUGCCCCCGAGCCGUGGUUGUGUUGACAAACGUUUGGUACGGCCUUGUGUGCCGACAUAGGUUGUGCACGCUGAGGACAGGACCGAGAAAGGUACGAACACUGUGCCAAAGGUCAUCAUGCAUUUCCUCUCACGUUUUUCGAAGAUUGCACGAUCCCCGUGUUUACUACAGAACACCCCUUUGUUUACUGCCAGCCAUGGUGUUCGGAAAUUCUCAAGGUCAGCUACAAGAAACAAAGAUGGCGGUCCUGGUCAACAAAAGAAGAAGGGCCUUCUGGAGCGCCUGGGUGAGGGGCCGGUUGUAGGAGACGGAAGUUACGUCUUCACCCUGGAGAGGCGGGGGUACGUUCUAGCUGGGCCAUGGACACCGGAAGUCGUCAUAGAACACCCGGAAGCAGUGAAGUCCCUGCACAGAGAGUAUCUUCACGCAGGCGCAGAUGUGCUGCAGGCUUCGACCUUCUACUCGUCAGACGACAAGCUGACCAUGCCUGGGCACGAGGCAUCACGGACAAUCACGUGCAAAGAGCUGAACGACAAGGCCUGCACCAUUCUGAAGGAGGUAGCUGGGGACGCAGACGUGCUGCUGUGCGGGGCGAUGUCGCCGGUCCCCUCCUAUCUGGACGGCAAGGGGAAGGAGGUCGUACAGCGAGAGUACGCCAAGCAGAUGGAGGCCUUCAUAGAACACGACUUGGACUUCUUAUUGGCCGAGUUCCUAGGACACGUGGAAGAAGCAGAGUGGGUUAUAGAGCUGAUGAAGACGAAGGGAAAGCCCGUGGCCUGUACCCUACGGACCGGGCCUAAAGGCGACUGUGCUGGGGUAGCGGCGGGAGAGUGCGCCGUGAGAAUGGCCGAAGCCGGAGCGGACGUGGUCGGCGUGAACUGCCAGUAUGACCCGAACACCUGCCUGAAGACUAUGGAGGCGAUGAAGACCGAGCUGGACAAGCGGGGCCUCUCCCCGUACCUAAUGGUGCAGCCGCUGGGCUUUCACUGUCCAGAGGUGGAGAACGAAGACGAAGGGUACCAGAUGUUACCGGAGUGUCCUUUUGCCCUGGAGCCCCGCCAGCUGACUCGGUUCGAAGCUCACGCCUUCGCCCGUGCGGCGUACGACCUGGGUGUGCGGUACAUCGGCGGCUGCUGCGGGUUUGAACCGCACCACAUCCGGGCCAUAUCGGAGGAGCUCUCUCCAGAGCGUGGUGGGAAACUCGGAGAAGCUAGUAAGAAACAUGUUCCCUGGGGAGGAGCUCUGAAGAACAGCAUGCUGGUACCCAACAGGACCAAGGGGAGUCGGCAGCACUGGGAGAAAACGAAGCCAGCCUCCGGUCGCCCUGGUUACCCGGAUGUACAGCCUAAACUGAUAAACCAGUGAUUGAUCAAUAAGCCCUUUCGCACUUUUGAGUACGCAUGCGCGGGAGACAAGAAUUCCAGGUGAUAUAUCAACUGAGGUGACUGCCUCUGAUAAAUCAUGAUUCUCUAAAGCCGAUGAAUCGUUGAUGUGUUCACAUAUUUGCUUGAAAUAAAAGUAUCCUCAGGUCGACUGAAACGCUCAUUGACAACACUGGAAUUCCAUUUGGAAACUUUAUUGAUUUUUCCACACCACAAUAGUUUCGUUGUGACCAACUUC